AUGAUGGAACACCUCAUGAAAUACGAAGCACACCCAAUGAGGGUAGGGUCGGGCAUAAACAUUUUGGACAAGGAUAACUUCAUAUCUAUGAUGACGGUGAGGUACCAUAAGCUGGGGAUUUACUUGGACUAUGACUGUGAUUUCACAAAAAAAGUAUUGGAAAGGAGUUCUCAAAUGAGGAUGCUGAAUGAUAGUUAUUCCUGGUUGAUUUUGAGUGAAAGUAACACUACCUUGAAUGAACUGGAAGACCUCAACUUCGGACUGACCAGUGAAGUUUCUCUGGCAACUCCUGGAGUGACCUUGUACGACCUUUACAAAGUCAACUACUCAUCUCCUCUUAUCAAACAAGUUGGAGCAACAUGGAACAAUUCUACUGGAUUUGAUGUAAAGAUCAAUGGAACUAAAGUGAGACAACGUUCAAACUUUAACGCAAUAAAACUUAAAGGAACUGUGGUUCUAACAAAAUUUGAAACAAACUCCACGAAUGCAGAAGAAAGGAUUCUUGAUAAUAAUAUUUCACCACAUUUAGACGCAGUAUCUCGGUUUGCAUACAUUUUGUUUUUAAAACUUCAAGACAUGUACAACUUUACAUUUACUUUUGACGUGACAGAGUCUUGGGGCUACGUGAUGCCUCACGGAGGACAUGACGGGAUGGUAGGUCAGCUGGAGAGAGGGGAGAUAGAGCUCGGACUGACUCCGGCGACAAUGUUCAAACAUCGCAUGGACACUGUGGACUUUACUGCACCCGUUUGGAAGUUCAGGACUUGUUUCAUUUUCCGCCACCCUAAAUCACUGGGACUGUACAAAGCACUGGUGAUGCCUCUGUCACCAGCUGUGUGGGUCUGCACAGGGAUAUUAUGUGUGCUCGUAGUGGCAGCGCUGCGUCUCAUUCAUCAGUUUGAGGUGUCUGAUUGGCCGGACACUGAACUGUCCUGGAGUGGCAGCGCUGUCUUGGUCAUUGGAGCUAUCAGUCAACAAGGGCUGGCCAGUACCUCGUACCGUGUUUCUGUUCGUAUCCUCUCACUGUGCCUCCUGGUGCUGAGUGUGGUGUUGUAUGCAUUCUACGGAGCUGCAAUAGUCACCUCCCUCCUCACACCCCCCGCCAAGAGUAUCAGAACCAUCAGACAGCUGUUGGACAGCCCCAUCAAGAUGGGGGUGGAAAAUACUGCCUACACAAGGGAUUACUUCUCAAAAUCAACAGAUGCUUUAACAGCCGAACUGUACAGAAAGAAACUCCGAACCCAAACUGGAUUUAUGGCUGUUCCCAAGGGGAUAGAAAGGAUGAGGAUUAAAAAUUAUGCAUUUUAUGCUGAAGAUGCAACGUUGUAUCCACCAAUAGACAAGACAUUUAGCAAUCCCGAGAAAUGUGAACUCACCGAGAUUGAACUGUUCCCUCCAUAUUUGGUUUCAUGUCCUGUUCAGAAGACUUCACCUUUCAGAGAUUUUGUAUCUUGUGGAUUCGACCUGAUGCGGGAGAGAGGAAUCCUUUAUCGAGAGAACAAGGUGUGGCAUCCGCAUCGGCCUGUGUGUGUGGGAGAGAAGCAAGUAGCUCGAGUAGACCUGGAAUCUGUCAUGUUAGCAUUCAUGAUUCUAGCCGCUGGCGUGGUCUGUUCCUUGCUUAUACUCAUAGCUGAGAGAACUAUUCACCGACUCAGACAACCAAUUCAAUAUUGAGUAUUUAAUAACCAUUUGAUGCCCUCACUAAUGUUAAAUUUGUUUAGUUUCUAUAGAGGUUUGGUUUAGAAUUUAAAUUUAAUAUUUUUUUUAAUUGUUAACUAUCACAAUAUCUAGGCCCUAUGUUUUUAUUAUAAUAUCUAUGAUCUAUAAUAGGUCAUAAAGGCUAAUAGUUGACAGACAACACAUGGUUUGUUAUUUGUUAUAUAAGGUGUUUUAGCAUAGAAUAGAAAUUUAAUUGUUGGAAUAGUUAUGUUUAGAAACCCUUCCCGACAGACCGCCACCGCCCACCACCACCCACCAUCGUUCGAGCGAACACCAUUACCGCACCGAUACGUUGUACAGCCUUCGGUCUCGGUGGUGUAGUGGAUAGCGCACUGGGCACCGGGCUGAUGAUUCGAAG